GUUUUGAUAACACAUGUCUUUACUUCUGUAUGUUCAUAAUUUAACGCACUUUAAAUUCCGUGAAAAGUUCUGUAGUAAUAAUUUUAGAAUCAUUAAGCUUAACAUGUAACUUUCGUUUAAUUUGUAUCUUAGAAUUAGUUAAAUUAAUUGUAUCAAAAUCAUGGUACCUCGAGUCACCAUGUUAGAUGCUCUAGUACUUGAUGAUCAUAUUACUAAAGUAUUCAUUGAUCAAACAUUUAAAGCUCUGAGAUUUUUUCCAUCAUGGAUUAUCAAUAAUCUAAAUGCAGAAAUCAAUGCUUCGUUAGAACUUCUUUUAUCAUAUUAUUCAAUAAAAAAUUCAAAAGCGACAUUUGGUCAACAACUUCUUGGUGUAAAAUAUAAUUCUGAUCAAUUAUCAAAUAAGAAAAUAGUCUUGUUGCAUUUUUUUACAAUUGGAGCUAGUUAUAUUUCUUCAAAAUUGGAUAAUCCUUCAAAAAAUUUUAUCAAUAAAAUUAGUUAUUUGGAAAAUAUUAGUAGUAUUUUAAAAUUUUUUUCUUUUUUAAAUUUUUUAUUAUUUCUUCACCAAGGAAAAUAUCCAAUUCUUGCUCAAAGAUUAUUGGGUUUAUCUCAAGAAUCAACACGAAGAAGAGUAAUUGGAUAUGAGUAUAUGACACGAGAAUUAUUAUGGCAUGGCUUUUCUGAACUUCUUUUGUUUACAUUACCUUUGAUUAAUUACCAAUCAAUGAAGCAUAAAGUAGGUAGAAUAAUUUAUUCACAGUCUAAAGACAGUACCAAAUAUAUUGAAAAAACACCCAUUUUGAAUGCUAGAACAGUAUGCUCUAUAUGUCAAGAUAAACCAAUUAUACCACAUCAUAUAAAAUGUUCUCAUGUUUUUUGUUUUUAUUGUAUUAAUUCUAUGAGGUUGGUAGAUGACAAAUUUGAAUGUCCAGAAUGCUUUCAUUAUGAAAAGGAUAUACUACCUGUGAUAAUUAAUUGAAAUUAUUUAAUGGAAUAUUUGUUAUUUUUAUAUAUGGUGAUAUUUUAUGUAUAUAGUUUUCAUUAAAAAAAAAAUAUAUAUAUAUUUAGUUGAACAUAA